AGGCGUCGAGGGGGAUAGAGCGUUGGCCUCCUCCGAAUUCCCUGGAUAACCGAGGAGUUUCAAAUGAAACUCGGAGGAAUUUGAAGCAAGAGGAAAAAUUCUUCGGCUUGGAAAUUGGUCAUCAGCAAGCCGUUCCCAGGUGCAGCUUCGGUGCCGGGGAGCACGCAGAGCCCGCAGCAUUGCAGUGAUGCCCAGCAUUCAAGCUCCACACAGCUUCCCUGUGCCAAGUUUGGCUUCAAGAUAACGGCAUCCUGUGCCUGGUUUGGGGAGGAGGAGACAAAUGCACAGAGUUCGGCUCAGAGACAACACCGAGGUCUUAAGCCUGGGAAACAGCCUUUCAGAUCGUUCUGAGGGACUGCUGUGAAGAGGUCGAGGGGAGCCAGGAUAUAUAGGAGUUUUUGCAACAAACACCAGGUACCCAAGCAUGGACCGGAAUAAUGAAGAGAUACGUGUAUUAGCUGCAGCCCUUUGAACCACGCAAGAAGGAAAUCAACAGUGUGGACAGGGCUGGAAGCGUUGCCACACUUGCUUGUUGGAAUAAAUGAAGAAUGGGCUUGUGAUUAUGCUGACAUCCCAGCAUGAAUUUGGUGGACCUGUGGUUAACUCGUUCCCUCUCCAUGUGUCUCCUCCUACAAAGUUUUGUUCUUAUGAUACUGUGCUUUCAUUCCGCCAGUAUGUGUCCCAAGGGCUGUCUUUGUUCUUCCUCUGGGGGUUUAAAUGUCACCUGUAGCAAUGCAAAUCUCAAGGAAAUACCUAGAGAUCUUCCUCCUGAAACAGUCUUACUGUAUCUGGACUCCAAUCAGAUCACAUCCAUCCCCAAUGAGAUUUUUAAGGACCUCCAUCAACUAAGAGUUCUCAACCUGUCCAAAAAUGGCAUUGAGUUUAUCGAUGAGCAUGCCUUCAAAGGAGUCGCUGAAACUCUGCAGACUCUGGACUUGUCUGACAACCGGAUUCAGAGCGUGCACAAAAACGCUUUCAAUAACCUGAAGGCCAGGGCCAGGAUUGCCAACAACCCCUGGCACUGCGACUGUACGCUUCAGCAAGUUCUGAGGGGCAUGGUGUCCAAUCACGAGACAGCCCACAAUGUGAUCUGCAAGACCUCCGUGCUGGAUGAACACGCCGGGAGACCGUUCCUCAACGCUGCCAAUGAUGCUGACCUUUGUAACCUCCCUAAAAAAACGACUGAUUAUGCCAUGCUGGUCACCAUGUUUGGCUGGUUCACCAUGGUGAUCUCGUAUGUGGUGUAUUAUGUGAGGCAAAAUCAGGAAGAUGCGCGAAGACACCUUGAAUACUUGAAAUCCCUGCCGAGCAGGCAAAAGAAAGCCGACGAACCCGACGAUAUUAGUACAGUGGUGUAGUGUCCGAACUGACUGGCAUGGAAAAAGAAAUCCGUUUGGGAUUGCAGUAGAAUAAGUGGUUUACUUCUCUCAUCCAUUGUAAACAUUUGAAACUUUGUAUCUCAGUUUCUUUUGAAUCAUGCCACUGUUGAACUUUUAACAAACAUGACAGCAUAACAAAUCAUUUUCGUUUAGGUGAUCCACCCCUCCGUUGUACUCCUGGUGGUAUAUUCCUGAGUCA